AUGCAUUCGGACGUUGAUAUCCUGUUCGAGUGCUCCGUGUGCCUCAGAAGGUUCAGAAAGCCGCACGCUGCUUCGUGCCAUAUGCCUAAGUGUAGGGGACCUGUAGAGGAUGCAAAUGAACACCUUUGCGAACUCUGUGGGGAUAGAUUCGCUACGCCGGUGGGUCUUACGCAACAUAGGCGGCACAAGCAUCCAGCGGAGCGGAUAACUGAAAGAUCUGAGGAUGUCAGGGUGGCGAGGGGCACUCGCUAUAAAGUCUGGUCGGCUGAAGAGGAUGACGUUAUUAUUGAAUACCUCAGAGCUCACGUGGGACAGUCAUACACGGGGGGACUGGUGGAGAUUCUCCAGGGCAAGACCUCCAAACAAAUAAGAGAUAGAGUUGUGAUACUGAGGAAAAAAGGUUUGGUCCCUACUGAGAGAUAUCAGGACCAACCACAGGAAGAUGAGAAUCCUGCAGCAGCUCCACACGAAGAAGAGGAACAGGUAGAAGACCUGAGACUAUUGUUUGAAGGUAGCUCCUGGGCGGCUGAUCCUAGAAGAGUAUGGCUAAAUACGGAGCAGACCCAUCCACUGGCAAUAGAGCUUCAAGAAAGAUGGACAGAAGGUCCCCUUAGUCAAGGUUUCUUGGAUUAUCUGGUGGUCAGACUAACGGAAGAGAUAAUAGCCAAUAGAAAUGAUGGGGAGGGUUAUCAGUGGAGAGGAAGGAGAAUGCACGGUAAUGGCAACCGGGCUAGCAGAAAGAGAAAGAGAUAUGCUAAUGCUCAGGAGCUGUUUAAAAAAUGCCCUUCAAGGCUGGCAGAACUAUGCAAAACAAACCGUCUGGCGGGAAUGCUAGAAGUUGAGGAGGUUAAACCACCUGCUGGGUUGAUACGAGCGGCGUAUACAGACUUAUGGGCCACUGAGGGACUGUGUAAUAUAGAUUGGGCAUCAGGAGAGAACGACAAAACUAUUGGCCCAGUGACAGCUAAUGAAGUACGGGCACGUUUGCGUAGAAUAAAGCCAGGAAGUGCUCCCGGCCCAGCAGGUAUUCGUAGGGCGGACAUAGAGGUUGUCGAGGGAAUUUAUGGGCUGCUAGCGGGAAUCUUUAACGCAUUACUGUCCCACGGGGCAUACCCAGACUGCUGGAGGGGAAACUCUACGACAAUGAUCCCAAAAGAAGGGAAAGAUUUGUCUAGGGCCAGUGGAUGGAGGCCAAUAACGGUUGGUAACCUGUUGGCAAGGUUGUAUAGCGGCUGCCUGGAGAAGAGGAUAAAAUCGUUGGUGAUGUUGUCCAAUGUCCAGAGGGGAUUUGUGCCCGGAAAUGGGUGCUACAUUAACGCCAGGAUGUUUGGAGAGAUCCUGAGGAGAGGCAAAGAAUCUUCGCUUGCCUGGGGGGUCUUGGACCUGUAG